UCCCGGCUUCUCACAGGCGACGGCUGCGACGACGUGGAAAGAUGGAGGCGGUUUGAGUUCCGAGCGGCUGACUGAAAGGUUCGCGCGCGGGCGGGCGGGCGCGCGCCCGACUGCGUACGUAACCCGGCCCCCUCCCACAAAUGUAGAAGAGGCACGGCCGCGCUUUCUCUUCCCCCUCACGCGAGCGAGCCUUGGAGGCGCGCAUCAAAUAGCCCCUGAGGAGAAUCCAGCGGGGCGUCGGAGGGGAGCGUCAGUUUCCGUUCCCGCACUCCCCCUACCGAGCCGGAGCUGGAGCCGGUGGCUGUUGUGCCCUUUUCUAAAGGGAACAUGAGAUUUGCUCUGCAUGACAAUCAGAAAUUUUAAAGGUUUUCCUUUAGUGACAUGAAAUCUUAAAAGUGCAGGCCAAAUAAUAAUAAAAUGGGAGCAACUAGCAGCAGCGUCAAUGAGCUUCCGGAAAACGAAUACUUAAAAAAAUUGUCAGGACGAGAGAGAAUCUCUGAGAAUGACCCAUUCUGGAAUCAACUGCUGUCUUUUAGCUUUAAUACCCCAACAAACAGGUACUUCCAGGUGUCACAAAAGGAGUUGAGUGCCGAGUUAAAGCUUUUGGAAGAAGCUGCUGUCUCGGUCUGCAAGUCUUUAGUGGAGAAUAAUCCUCGAACAGGAAAUCUAACAGCGCUGAUUAAAGUCUUCCUUUCUAGAACCAAAGAGUUAAAAAUUUCAGCAGAAUGUCAAAACCACCUCUUUAUCUGGCAGACUCACAAUGCACUGUUCAUUAUUUGCUGCUUGCUCAAAGUGUUGAUCUGUCAAAUGUCAGAAGAGGAGUUGCAAGUUCAUUUCACCUAUGAGGAAAAAACACCAGGCUCUUAUGGAUCAGAAUGUGAAGACCUUAUGGAAGAGUUAUUGUGCUGUCUCAUUCAGCUAAUUGUCGAGAUUCCUCUUUUAGACAUAACAUACAGCAUUUCUCUAGAAGCUGUGACGACUUUUGUUGUUUUCCUCUCUUGCCAACUGUUCCACAAGGAAAUUCUGCGGGAAAGCAUCAUUCAUAAAUACCUCAUGCAUGGUCGAUGUCUUCCGUAUACCAGCAGACUUGUGAAAACAUUGCUAUAUAACUUCAUCAGACAAGAGAGAAGUCCUCCCCCAGGGACACAUGUCUUUCAGCCAGAGUCAGACGGAGGAGGGCUGCUUUAUGGAAUUGCAUCGGGUGUAGCAACUGGCCUAUGGACAGUGUUCACAUUGGGAGGCGUGGGCAGCAAGCGUGCUCCUCAGCAGGAAGAGUCUUCACCUCUAGCUAAUCAAAGUCUUCUGUUGCUACUUGUGCUAGCAAAUCUGACUGAUGCACCAGAUACACCAAACCCUUACAGACAAGCUAUUAUGUCCUUUAAGAACACACAAGAUAGCACUGCUCUUCCUUCACCAAAUCCUCACACUUUCCAGAUUAAUUUUAACAGUUUAUACACCACUUUGUGUGAGCAGCAAAACUCUGAUCAAGCAACCCUUCUUUUGUACAUCCUUCUGCAUCAGAACAACAAUGUUCGAACAUAUAUGUUGGCUCGAACAGAUAUGGAAAAUCUGGUUUUGCCAAUUCUUGAGAUCCUUUAUCAUGUCGAAGAAAGAAACUCUCACCAUGUUUACAUGGCUCUGAUAAUUUUGUUAAUCCUUACUGAAGAUGAUGGCUUCAAUCGAUCCAUUCAUGAAGUAAUAUUGAAGAAUAUUACUUGGUACUCAGAACGUGUAUUAACAGAAAUUUCCCUGGGGAGUCUCUUGAUACUAGUAGUAAUAAGGACUAUUCAGUACAACAUGACACGAACAAGGGACAAAUACCUUCAUACAAAUUGUUUGGCAGCUUUAGCCAAUAUGUCAGCACAGUUCCGCUCACUUCAUCAGUAUGCCGCUCAGAGGAUCAUCAGUUUGUUUUCUUUGUUGUCAAAAAAGCACAACAAGGUUUUGGAGCAAGCCACACAAUCCUUGAGAAGUUCCCUUGCUUCAGAUGACUCUCCGCUUCCAGAUUAUGCACAGGACCUGAAUGUGAUUGAAGAAGUCAUUCGAAUGAUGUUAGAGAUAAUCAACUCUUGCUUGACAAACUCCCUACAUCAUAACCCUAACUUAGUAUAUGCACUGCUUUAUAAGCGGGAUCUCUUUGAGCAAUUUCGAACUCACCCCUCUUUCCAGGAUGUAAUGCAGAAUAUAGAUCUGGUGAUCAGCUUCUUUAGCUCCAGAAUUGAGCAGGCUGGGGCUGAGCUGUCUGUAGAGAGAGUUCUGGAAAUCAUCAAGCAAGGAGCUGUUGCUCUGCCCAAAGACAGGCUCAGGAAAUUUCCAGAGCUGAAGUUUAAAUACGUGGAAGAGGAGCAACCUGAGGAGUUCUUCAUCCCUUACGUCUGGUCCCUCGUGUACAAUUCUGCUGUGGCACUUUACUGGAGCCCACAAGACAUCCAGCUCUUUACUAUGGAUUCCGGCUGAAGGGGAGACCCACCCACCCCCUCCUCCCAGAAUGCAUCCCUUCAACCUAUGAAACAGGAAGUUUGUUACUAAUGUACAGCCCCACUGCCAUUUUCAGGGGGCAUAUUAGGAGCCAGAAUAAUAGGGGAACUCUCACAAGAUUGUAUGCUUUUAUUUAUAUAUUUGUAAAAAACAAACAAAAAACCCAAGAGUUUUUUUCCAGCGGCUCUGAGCUUGGGGGGUGAUAAAGUAAGAUGUUAACAGUGAGCAGCUUUUAAAAAAACUUAAGAACAAAAAUGUAAAAUGGGAAAGUGGGGGAAGUAUUUUGAUUUGAGAAGUCAGCAUUUGCAAGCUGGUUUCCCUCAAGCUUUCUGGAUGUGCUUCACCUUUUUUAUUAUUAUUACUUUUUUGUUGUUGCUAUGGGCUUCUCAUUUGAUCAUCAGAACAAUCUCCCCCCUUUAAUGUUGUAUAGAACUGAAACGUCUAACUGAUGCAAUUUUAAAAUAUUACAGCAUUAAUACUAUUUCAUAUUGAAGCAGGAAGGAUAAAUCUUUGAUUUUGAUAAGGUUGACCCCUACAAUGAGGGAGGAUUUUCAACGUGAUUUUGAUAAGGCACUAAAAGUUGUCUUUCUGGCUACUAAUACUUAAUGAAAGUUUAACAGAAUUAAGAGCAGCCCACAAGGAGUGCUGUCUGCAAAUAAAUAAUAAUAAAAAUGUAUCCAUCUCAAUAAGGGUUGUGCAGGUGAUUCUCCUGCACCGGAUCAUGCCCAUUCAUUUCCAGAGUUUUUGUGUUGUAUUUCACACAUUUUCAUGGACUCCUUGGAAGGGUGCAGGAAAGUGAUCAAAAUUCAGCAGAACAGAGGUGUGCCUACUGUAUUCAGGUUUUUGCCAGAGAAAUGCAGUUAUGCGUACAUCUCUGAAUGUUUAAAAAGAAUGUCCUACAAUAUACUUUUUCAUUCCCUGGUUCAAAGGGAAUUGGCAAAUACUGUGUUUGCCAGCAUAUGGGGGAGAAUAGAGGGAAAUGUUUUAUGUAAACUUUUCACAUGGAAUGUGGGCUUGUGGUGGUUACCUUCAAAUGCACAGAACGGCAUGCCAGGCUUCAGAAAAAAAGGAACUGAUGACAUACAUUAGUAUAUUACCUUGCCCAGCAUGGUAAAUGUGGCACACUUUAUUAUGUAUUGGAGGGAGAUGGUGGUACACUUCUUUUUUAUGUGGAAUGUUUUGCUUUUUAAAAAAACAACAACCUCUGACAAAUGUUAGAAUCGUGUGUCCUUCCACCUUAAGCAAGGUCCUGUAUGGCAUAAUGCACAAUUGGAACUUAAAAUCCUUGUCAUAUUUAUUUAAAAUUGCAGAUGUAGAGAGACAUGCAUAGCAUAUGAGUUCAUAGGACUUUGCACAGACACAGAUUUGGGGAAGAGGCAAUAUGAAGACUGGAUUUUCAACAUUUUCAGUUUAACAUUAAGAAAAUUGGAAGGUGACUGAAAAUAGGAGUAAAUAGGAUUUUAUGCUGUGCUUGGGCUUUGCUUUGUUUUUCAUAUCUUAGUCAAAGGAAGGUGAAUUCUUUGUAAUGUUUUUUGCAACCUUUAAAUAAAGGACUGUUGACUGCA